CCAAACCCACGGUUGAAAUGAUGGUGGCUUCCUGACACCGAACUGGGUAGCCCUUAGACUUAGCAAGAACCAUCUCUCUUGGCCACUGCCUCAAGGAUUCCGAGGAUCACCCCAAGAAAGAAGCUAGUGCCACCAGGGCAGAACGGAAUCUCUUCAAGUAACGACAGCAAGCGAGAACGAAAAUCCGACUUGUUUCCAACUAAGCUGGCCCAAGAACUGGAACUGGGGGCCACAGAGGGGGAAGAGCAUUUCCAAGGUCCCAGAGAUGUCCUGCUAAGGUGGGAAGAAAUCUUGGUGCUGUCAGCAUUCCUCAGACCAAAGUCAACCCAACCACCUACCUGCUCCUGCCCUGGUGCUGAUUUCCAACCAGGCUGGUGGUAUGAAGAGAGGAAAUCACGUCACAGCUAGGCGCUCUGCACAUGACUAACCUAGGAGACCCUUGCCGAAACCAUGGAAACGUCACCCGUGGCUUCCAGUUCCAUAGCAGCACCUGUGACCUACUCGCAGGUUUUUGGGCGGCAGUGUCAGCUGCUACAGGCAGCUGUGGAAUCGCUGCACACCUUAAACGACCAGAUCUCUGACUUCAUUGUGAACAAGGCAAAGGCACUCACUGAAGAAGAUGAUACUUUCUUGCCGGAUGAAAAAGAGACUCUGAAAACAUCCAUGUUGCUCAUGAAGCACCUCUUGAUGGAUGCACAGGCCAAGAUCCUGAGCAUGAUGGAGGGCAACCAGCAGCUGGCCCUGCGCAUCGACGGAGCCAUCCAGGCGGCCGGCUUGGAGGUGAGCACCCUGCGGGCCGAGCUGACCGCCACCAACCGCAGGCUGGCCGAGCUCAGCGCCGCCGCCGCCACCGCCGCCGCCAUCGCCAGCCCCGCCGGCAGCCCCAACGCCGCCGAGGUCGCCGCCGGCAUGGAGAGCAACCAGCACAGCCUCCAAGGGCUUCUCCGAGAAGAGGUAUCGCAGCUUCAGGAUGAGGUUCACUUGCUCCGACAAAUGAAGGAAAUGCUCACAAAAGACCUGGAGGAGACGCACGGUGGCAAGUCAACCGAGAUCCUCUCCGCCACCGAACUCAAAGUCCAGCUGGCGCAGAAGGAGCAGGAGCUGGCAAGAGCCAAAGAAGCCCUUCAAGCCAUGAAAGCCGACCGAAAGCGUUUGAAGGCGGAGAAGACCGACCUGGUGAGCCAGAUGCAGCAGCUCUACGCCACGCUGGAAAGCCGGGAAGAGCAGCUACGAGACUUCAUCCGGAACUAUGAGCAACACAGAAAAGAGAGCGAAGACGCGGUCAAAGCGCUGGCGAAAGAAAAAGACCUGCUGGAACGGGAGAAGUGGGAGCUGCGCCGGCAAGCCAAAGAGGCCACGGACCACGCCAGCGCCCUCCGGUCGCAGCUGGACCUGAAAGACAACCGAAUGAAGGAACUGGAGGCCGAGCUAGCCAUGGCAAAGCAGUCCUUAGCGACACUGACGAAGGACGUCCCCAAGCGGCAUUCCUUAGCCAUGCCCGGCGAGACAGUGCUAAACGGAAAUCAGGAAUGGGUGAUGCAGGCCGACCUGCCGCUCACGGCCGCCAUCCGGCAGAGCCAACAGACGCUCUACCACUCCCACCCCCAGCAUACGGUAGACCGGCAAGCUGUCCGAGUGAGCCCGUGCCAUUCCCGGCAGCCUUCCAUCAUCUCCGACGCGUCGGCCGCAGAAGGCGACCGGUCCUCCACGCCGAGCGACAUCAAUUCCCCGCGGCACCGAACGCAUUCGCUCUGCAAUGGAGAUAGUCCUGGACCGGUACCGAAAAACUUGCACAACCCAAUUGUCCAGUCUCUAGAGGACCUCGAAGACCAAAAACGGAAAAAGAAGAAAGAGAAAAUGGGAUUCGGAUCCAUCUCUCGGGUGUUUGCCAGAGGGAAGCAACGGAAAUCCCUCGACCCUGGCCUUUUUGACGGUACUGCCCCCGAUUACUACAUAGAGGAGGACGCGGACUGGUGACCGCCUGCCCUACCCUCUCCUGCUUCUGGUGCGUGUGCGUGUAUGGGAGUGUCUGUGUGCGCAAGCAAAACGCCGCUACCUGAACCCGGCGGAUUGCGAGCCCGUCGCCUCUUCUGCGUUGCCUCUUCUGUAACCGCUGUACAUAACCCCCCAACGAUCCUGUGUGUGAACCCCAUUCACUGUUGUCUAUGAGCGAUGCCAGUCGUGUUGGUGUAGCCUUCCUCGGUUCUGUUCUGAGGGGGGAGAUGGUUCCCCUCCUGGUUUUCCUCGUUUUUUUUUAGCCCCCCCCCUUUUUCGUGCGUAUUUUUCUCCUUUUUACGAAACUUGAAAACUUGAAGGACUGCUGUGUAUUUGUAAAUAACUGAAGACGACGACAAAAAAAGACCCCGAACUUUUGUGCACUGUGUGCUUGUAAAAUGUCUCUUGUCCCAAACGCUAUUCCUCUGGCACCCGGUCCUGAGGUGCCGCCUAAAACUUGUCCAUUUGCAAAGAUGGCUGCUGGAAAAAGGGAACUGUACAUCCUGUUCACAGGGCACACCCACUUUAUCAAGACAUGCAGCAUGUAAGGCGAGUUUGCACCAGGGAUGGACAACUGGAAGUCCAUGGGUAAAGCAGACGCCAUUUGCAUAUGAAUCAAGAUGUGAGAAAAUUACCAUAAUUUUGCCAAUAUAGGGAGAAAAGGGAAAGCGGGUCAACAUUGUAAAAGAAAAUGCACACUUUAAAUGUUCCCUUCAGAUCUUGUAUGCAAAGGCCUGGCUAUGCCAGCGUGCAUGCACGCUUUAAUGGUAAAGCCAGAGGGCACCCUCUCCAUUAUAGAACCUGGCUGCUAUAGUGUCGAGGCAGAGGCCCUUUCCGCACAGCCAAAAUAAAUGAACCGGGCAUAGCCCCAUGCCAUUCACAUGGCUGGCUAUCCCGUGGACAGCCAGCGCAUCAACCGGGGUGUGCACCUUCGCACGGAGGUGCUUUUUUUUAAAAAAAACUUUUUGUAACUUACCUCCCUCCAAUGCACAGCUAUGCAGGCAGGCACGCAUGCUCCCCCAGAGCCUUGAUGGAGUCAAAAGUGCCUGCAUGGCUCCGCAGAUGGGAAGGAAACAAAAAGAAAGUGCAGACGCAUAAUGCGCCUUGCAGCCGCGGCUGUUUGCUUGGCCUUGGCUUUGAGGCACGUUAAAACAAAAGAAUAGCAGAAAUCACGAUUCUUGUAAAACCCGGGGGAGGGGGGGACAUGGAGCGGACUCACCUCAGGAGCGGGAUCCAUGCGAAGUUCCCCCCCAAACCCAGGUUUUAUCCCGCCCUUAACUCGUAUUUAUUGGCCUGUGAGGAAAGGGCCAAAGAGAACAGUACUGUGAUACGGGAGGCUGCCUGUUCAAGUCUCACCUCUGCUGCACACUAGAAGAGGCACCCUUAGGGCAAUCCCCCCAGUCCCCAAUAUGGGGGAUCAUAAUAGUGGCCUAUCUACAGUGCCGUUGUAAUGAUUACUGUGAUAAUAUAUGUGAAUUGCUUUGAAUUCUGAAAUUGCUAAACAAAUCCUAAACAUUAUCCAUCAGGGUGGUAAAAAUAUGUGGCAAGGGGCAGUCUUGACCUCUGUGUCACUAUCUGGAGAUAGUUGGGGUAAGUUCCCCAAGUCCGUAGACCUUUGGCCAUCCCUGGCUUGCAUAUCUUGAAAGAAAUCUCACUGUGUGGUGACUGGUCCCUCUAGUUGGUCUGUGACUGUUUCUUAGCAUGUAGUGAUGUAGUGGGUGAGCCAGUGUGGUGUAAUGGUUAAGAGUGGUGGACUUUAAUCUGGAGAACCAGGUUUGUUUCCCCACUUCUCCACAUGAGUGGCAGACUCUAAUCUGGUGAACCAGGUUUGUUUCCCCCACUC